AUGACGAGGGGCCAAGUGGAAGCGCACUUGAGAGAAGCUCGACUCCAGUCCGUCAUUCCGAAACUGGAUGACUUGGGUGUGGAGGAAAUGGAGGACUUGCUGAUCCUGGAAGACGAGGACGUGGAUGCGGCAGAGAAGUUGAAUUUGGUGGAGAAGCGCAAGCUAAAGAAUCUGCUGAAGACACUUCGGGGAGGCAGCCUGCCGUGGACAGACACUUCGCCCCUCACGGAGCCUCCUUCCGCAGUGCAGACAAGGUGCAGCUCACCCGUUUUCAGUGAUUCUGGUACCUGGGACCUGGCCGGCAGUCGCGAGUUUGAGAUGGACGAUUCAUGGGUGGUGGCGAUGGGAGAUGCCGAUUUCACAGCUUCCAGCGACUUGAAAGCGGAGAAGCCAGACAUCUUUGAGGUGCCGCAUUUCAAGAUCACCGGAGGCAAGCCGCAGCGGCAGGAAGUGAGGAAGUUCUUCUACCGUCCAAUUCAUUGGAGAAUGCGACCAAAAGAUGGCUGGAGCUUCAUUACCAUGGAGCUUCCAGGGCCCACACUAAAGGGUCCGUAUGCGCAAAGGUUCCAAGAGCUGCAAACGUCAGUCGAGCAGUACCGGGAGCUAGGUUUUCAGCACGACGGAAGGAACUACUACUACGUGAGCUCCAGUAAGCCUGCCGAGUUUCCCCGUGGUCCGACGGCCUGGCUGGCAAGCCCUCCCGGCGGUGGCGGCCCGGAGCAAAUCGGAGAACUCAUUGGCUUUCCAGAGCGUCUCAGUCUGGAGGAGACGACCGACGAGAUGCCAUACCCAGUAUUCCGGUUGAGAGCACGUGGCAAGCAGCUGUUCUCGAGUAUCAUCGCCACAAUUCCUGCCGCCGCUGUCACAGUGCAACUUCAGAAGAACUUCGAAGAAGAAGGCGUUCGAGACGAUGGGGCUGGCGAGGCAGAUCCCGCGAUUCUGCAAGCCCUGGCUUAUGCCUCAAACACCCGUCAGGAGGAGACCGGCCUUUCUCGGUCGAUCCCGGGCUCAGCGCAGAUCCGGUGUGGAGGUCUCAAGGGUAUGCUGCUGAGAUCUAAACGCCUCGCAGCAACCGGCAGGGUGGAAGUUCCAGAGAACAUGCUGAAGUUCGGACCCACGACGUUCGACACGGAGCAACUGUCGGUGGUGAGCUUCAGCCGAGUUCGACCCACCUCGCUGGGUUUGGAUGUCGUGCUACGUUUGGAAGCUUGUGGAUGCAAUGCUGAUACAUUCCUGAAGCAACACCAGCAAUGUCUGAAUAAGAUCAGCGGAAUGAAGCGGGAAGACUUUUUCGGUCAGCUCUAUUUUGCGGAGUAUGAGAACGAUCCAGAGAUGGAGGCAGUGGGCGAGCACUCCGCAGAGCUGACGAGCAGACACUACAUAGGCACCUUCCUGGAGAUGUUGAUCGCCGGGUAUGACCCACAGCAGCACCCAUUGCUGGAGGUUAUCUUGCGCCAGAAAGAGGCAGCUUUGAAAAGAGCGAAGAAGCAGGUGCACAUUCGAGGUUGCUGGUCUGCACGCGGUCACCCUGAACCUCGAGAGUCUGAUGCCGAUGGCGAGCGCCCAUUGCUAAGAGACAAUGAAGUCUUCUUGAUGGUGCCUUGUGACGCAGAGGAGACUGGCUGGAGGGCCUUGACCGGCCCAGUGAUUGUCAACUACUUGUCGGACCGAGAUCCUUACGCACUGAGGUUGGCUGUGGCAAAGGACUCCGAAGCUUUGCGUUCCAAGUGUGAGCCCGGCAUACUCUUCUUCUCCAGAGUGGGAUGCCCACUCCAAAAGAACCUCUCUUGGGACUUCGACGGGGACUACUUCCAGAUAAUCACCGACGAAGAGAUCGUGAAGUCCUUUUCAGGCCACACAUCGCCCUUGCCGGAGCCUGAGUACGAGGAUGAUCUGAAAGACAUGCCUGUGAGCACCUGGGUGGAUGUGAAUGCAAGCUUCUUGUCCGAGUACCUUCAGAGGGACCGCAUGGGCCUUCUGCAUUACCACUGGCAGCUGAUCGCAGGACAAGGGCCGAAGGCAGCUUCUUCCGAAGAGGCGAGGCAGGUGGCAGCGGCAUACGCAAAGUCUUUGGAUGUGGAGAAGGGCAAGCGAUGCCCCAAGCAGGCACGAUUCGAGCAUUCCAGAAAGUGGGACUUCAUGAAUGGUGGCGACCUGGACAAUCCCUCCCCGACAGCUGCCGGUUUCUGUUUUCGCGCUGCCAGCAGAGCCGAAGAGGAGUUCAAAGCCGUGAGGGACCGAGCACGAAGCAGCGGGAAGGAUCCUGACCUUGACAAGGCUUGGCAGAGGAUGGAGGAGGAGCUUGGGCAGAAGCUGUGCCAGCAGGAUUUCGCGAAGAAUGUGCGUGGGGAGUUCAUCGAAAGAGUCAAGGCCGAGUGCAACAAGGCAGAGCGCAUUGCACGCGAAAAGCAUCCAAACUCUUCCGGUGAAGCCGUCUUCAAGGACGAGUGGAUCAGGGAACUGCGUGCCCGGACCCAAGAAAAGGCCGAGAAGCUCGAAAGCCAGCGGAAGGUUGGUUUGACGCAAGUUGCAUUGGCAGGAUGGCACCUCAAGUACGUGGAUAAAAAGGUUUGUGAACGAGAUGCAGAUCCAGACCCAAGCUUUCCAUGGACAUUGUUCAGGCAAGAGCUAGCGGCACUCAAGAAGCACUACCAGCCAUGCCCGAUGGGUGAGCUUCGUCGAAAUCAUCUCUUUUGUCGGCGGCUCCAAAGGGGUGCAGCCGAACAGCUUGAGGAGAAGGUGCGGCAGGCCAUUGACGGCUUGAAAUUCAACAUGAAAUGCCAGGAAUGUUCCCGGGAUAGAAAGAUGCUCUUGGACAGGCUCAAGUCUCGCGACAGUUUCUCAGAAAUUGUCGCAGCAGUCAAGGAAGUUUCAGGGCGUGGAGAGCUGAUUCGAGUUGGUAUUGAUGAUCUUCGGUAUUGCAAAGAUGUCAUAUCCGAUGUAUUCGACCACGGCCUGAAUGCUGGCAUGAAGCUCAAAGACUUGGUUGAGAAUCUGCUGAGUGACGGGUCUCCAAGCGACAUGGAACUGACUGCUGUCAAAUUUCACGGGCAUCUCUACGUGAUCGAGGGGAACAAAAGGCUAUGGUGUCUGAAGGAAGCACAGAAGGAAGCUAAGCAGAAGCUCAAAGUGUCGGUGCGAGUGCCGGAUCUCUACCUGGGCUUUGUUCAGCGCCAAGAGCAUAAGGAGCCCGUGCUGCCUUACUUUCUGCAGAGAUUCCGCCCCCGCUCGGGGGGUCGAGACAUUCUCCUGCAGGAGCAUGUUCCCACGGUCAACCAGCAGGCAGACAUCCAGCAAGCGGAGCCUUUCCGGACCCGUGUUCCCAAAGUCAACGAGCAGGCAGACAUCACGGAAGCUGGCAACAAGGUUCUUGGAUGUGGGAAGUAUAAGGGCCGCACCUAUGCUGAAGCCUGCGAGGACGCUGAUUACCGGAAGUGGGUGAUGCAGAAUAUUAGCGACACAAGCAGUCCGGAAAUGCAGAAGCUGAAGGGCUACAUACUUCGUCGGUCGAAUGCGGAGCAGUCACAUGUUACAUCUUCCCGGUCGAGUGUUCCCACGGUCAACCAGCAGGCAGACAUCCAGCAAGCUGGCAACAAGAUUCUUGGAUGUGGGAAGCACAAGGGCCGCACCUAUGGUGAAGCUUUCCUGGACACCGGUUACCGGAAUUGGGUGAUGCAGAACAUUAGCGACACAAGCAGUCCGGACAUGUGUUCGCUGAAGGCAUUCUGCGUACUCUCUUUGUCGAACUGA